AUGAAAGGUGGCGGUGGUGUUGGUGACGGCAAAAAAGACUACCAAGCGGCCGUUCAUGAAGGGCUAUCAACGUUCGAUCAAUUGGGGAUUGCAUUAGAAGAUGUUGGCAAGUCGUUGGAAGCAGAAACCGCCACCACAGGAGGAGGGUUCCUUCCCCGAAUCAUGAACGAGACCUCGUCUCUAAAACGGAGAUCCUUCGAUCCCACAAACGAUCUUGUGAAUAUGUCGGUUGUUCCCGCGGAAACGAGUUAUGUUCUAUUCUUCCAGGUUCUGUUUCCUUUUGUUGUGGCGGGACUUGGUAUGGUAUUCGCCGGAUUAGUUUUAUCGAUAGUUGUCACUUGGCCAUUGUUCGAAGAAAUUCCGGAAAUUUUGAUUCUGGUCCCAGCACUACUUGGACUGAAAGGAAAUCUGGAAAUGACUCUGGCCAGUAGAUUAUCUACUUUGGCAAACCUUGGACAUAUGGAUUCCUCCAAACAACGGAAAGAUGUGAUUAUCGCAAAUUUGGCUCUAGUGCAAGUUCAAGCUACAGUAGUAGCCUUCUUGGCUUCUGCGUUUGCUGCUGCUCUCGCUUUCAUUCCAUCCGGAGAAAUCGAUUGGGCUCAUGGAGCAUUAAUGUGUGCAAGUAGUUUGGCAACGGCAUGUAGUGCGUCUCUCGUUCUUUCUCUACUUAUGGUCGUCGUCAUUGUGACUUCACGGAAAUACAACAUCAACCCGGAUAACGUCGCCACUCCAAUUGCGGCUUCUCUUGGAGACUUGACAACGCUCAGUGUUCUAGCGUUCUUUGGAACCGUUUUUCUCAAGGCUCAUAACACGGAAUCGUGGCUCAAUGGAGUGGUCAUUGUCGUAUUCUUAUUGCUGCUACCAUUUUGGAUUAAAGUUGCCAAUGAAAACGAAGGAACCCGAGAAACAUUGUACAACGGUUGGACACCCGUCAUCAUGUCGAUGUUGAUCAGCAGCGCUGGAGGUUUCAUUCUGGAGAAUGCGGUCAGGAAAUACCACAGUUUGAGCACAUAUGGACCAGUUUUAAAUGGAGUUGGAGGAAAUUUAGCUGCCGUUCAAGCCAGUAGACUUUCAACAUAUUUCCACAAAGCUGCUACUAUUGGUGAACUACCCAACGCAUGGACAAUUCACCGGUUUACCAGUUUCACGAGAGCGUUCUUUUCAAAAGAAUGGGAUUCCCGCUCGGCUCGUGUUCUUCUAUUGCUCGUCGUACCAGGUCAUAUUUGCUUCAAUGCCCUUAUCCAACUGUUUACCUAUACGUCAAAAGAUAACAUUACGCCUCACGGAGCACUAUUCACAAGUUUGUACAUGAUUGCAGCUAUUAUCCAGGUAAUGGUACUCUUGUACGUAUGUCAGUUCCUGGUUUCUCUACUUUGGAAGAUGAAGAUUGACCCAGAUAACUCUGUGAUACCAUAUUUGACAGCACUUGGAGAUCUUCUGGGAACUGGACUUCUCUUUAUAGUCUUCCUUACAACCGAUUACUUCGAUCCCGAUGAGCUUUUGGCCCCAAAACACUAA